CGGAGUCUAGGCGACGGGGCGUGACGGGGCCGGAAGGUGGCGGGAGGGGGCCGGGCCGGAGCCGGCGGGAGGGCCAAGUCGCGAGGCCCCCACCCUGGCGUGCCCGCCCCCUCCGCGGCUGAGGAGAAGGAGGAGGAUGAUCUCCAGAUACACCCGGAAGGCGGUGCCACAGAGCUUGGAGUUGAAAGGAAUAACAAAACAUGCUAUUAAUCAUCAUCCCCUUCCAGAGCAGCUGGAUGAAAUUUCUUCUACCAAUGACAGCCAUGAAAAAGAUACAAGUUCCCGAAGUGAGUCUGACAUCACACAAGAAUCACCUUUUACAUCAACUGACACUGGGAAUUCAAGAUCUGCUUUUCCAAGUUAUACAGGCACAGGGAUCUCCACUGAAGGCAGCUCGGACUUCUCCUGGGGAUAUGGUGAACUUGAUCAAAAUGCCACUGAAAAAGUCCAGGCAAUGUUCACAGCCAUUGACGAGCUCUUGUAUGAGCAGAAGUUGAGUGUGCACACUAAGAGUCUACAGGAAGAGUGCCAACAAUGGACACGUAGCUUUCCUCACCUCAGGAUUCUGGGUAGACAAAUAAUUACUCCAAGUGAAGGAUAUGGACUGUAUCCUAGAUCCCCUUCUGUUGUUUCAGUUUCACACGAGACAACACUUUCUCAAGAUAGAGAUUCCACUAUAUUUGGUAUUAGGGGAAAGAAGUUACAUUUUUCUUCAUCUUCUUAUGCUCAUAAAGCACCUUCAAUUGCCAAAUCUCCUAGUGUGUAUUCUAUAGAAAGAGAAGAGGAAGACUGUGUAAUCUUCUCUGAAGGAAUAAUAGAGGAAUACCUAGCAUUCGACCACACUGAUAAGGAAGAGGGGUUUCAAGGAAAGAAAUUACAAGCAUCUUCAGAGAAACAGAAAUUAGGGUACCCUCCCAUUGCUCCAUUUUCCUGCAUGAAAGAGGACGUCCUUGCUUAUGUGUUUGACGACGUGUGGAGCAAGGUUCUGAGCUGUAUGGAGCAGUUAACACGCAGUCAUUGGGAGGGAUUUGCUUCUGAUGAUGAGAGUAAUGUUGCAAACACCAGACCAGUUUCAGAAAGCCCCUGUGUGCUGAGUGAACCACAACCGUUGGUCUUACCUCGAGUGCCACAGUCAAAGGUGCCGUCCAUCACCUCAAAUACAAUGAAUCUCUGUCAAGCAGCAAGUGGUCAUCAGCCAAAUGUGAAUGGUCUCUUGGUUCAUGGGAUGCCUCUACAGCCAAGAAAUCUCUCCCUAAUGGACAAGUUACUAGACCUUGAUGACAAGCUACUUAUGAGACCUGGAUCCAGUACCAUCCUUUCAACCCGAAAUUGGCCAUAUCGAGCCCUGGAGUUUAGUACGUCAGCUCUGUCAUACACAGUGCAAUCCGCCAGGAGACGCAAUCCCCCACCACGUACCCUUCACCCCAUCAGCACAAGCCAUUCACGCGCUGGAACCCCAAGGCCUGUGGAAGAAAUCCUCAGAGGAUCCCGAGUCCCAGGAGCGGCGGACUCGCUCUCCUCUCCCUCACCAAUGCCCCUGAGUCGAAAUAAUCUCCUGCCACCUAUCGGCACAGCUGAAGUGGAACACUUGAGCACUGCGGCGUCGCAAAGGCAAACGAAAACCCACAGUGACUCCAAUCGAGCGCGAAGUGCAGUAGUGGAUGAGCCUAACCAUCAGCAGCCCCAGGAGAGACUCCUUUUACCUGACUUUUUCUCCAGGCCCAACACUACUCAGUCAUUUUUGCCAGAUACACAAUAUCAUCAUUUGUGUGUUGCUGAGUAUCCUCAUCAGGCCCGACCCGGCAGGGGAUCUGCAGUGACAGGUCCUCAAUUACAUGGAUCUACAAAAUCUCAAAACAGGGGUGGACCAGUCUCCAGAACCAGGCAGGGACCGUAGGGCAAAUAAGAAGAAACUGCUUUAAACUACAGGGACCAAGUGAGAAAAUUUCACGAAUCAGUGUUCAGUCAUCUUGUGAUGCAAAGGUGUAUACAAGAGAGACAACUUAAAACCAUCUUCAUGAAGUGUUAAUCUGGUAUAACUGACUGAGAAAAAAAAGAAUAUCUGCCAAAGAUUACAUGGGUACUGUUUCUCCAGUUACCAUCUUCUUUCAGCAUAAGUUAACCUACUCCACUGGACAGUAGAAUUUGUACCCAAAGAUGAAAGAAAUGAAUAAUUAUCCCCAAAUCACUGCUCAUGUUGUCUGUUAACAAUGAUCAGUUCAAUUA